AAAAGCGUCCGCUCUCAAAACAACGUGGGGCAGGUCGUCGUGCGCGGAAAGUGUUUAAAUCCACGGCGAUGAUCGUCGCUAUUUGACGCUGAUAUGACAGUGCUUUUCGCUUUUCACUGAAAGUACCUGUGGCAAUGAAUGCAUUCUACCGGCAUUUUAGAAGUGCGGUGCGGUGCCUGCCGCUGUCUACUCGGAUGCGUGGUGCGAAGCUGGCUUCUCGCGUUAGACGUGCCAUGCAUAUUUCGGCUAAACUGGGCAGCGAAGACCACGAACUUGAUAACGGCGCAUCCUCUGACUCUGAAGAACUCGAUGCACUCUUAGCAAAGUACCCUUACAGAACUGUUCUGAUACCUGACGUCUCUGACGUGCAGCUUCAGCGGUUGCUGUCCUCGCAGACACCGUCGGAGCUGUUUUCAUGUGUAUCCAUGCUUGGGACGCCAUGUCCUCUGGUGUAUGCCGCGCAAGCUGUCGUGUCCCUGUGGGAUCUCAAGAAAGUCUCAGUCUCCAUGAACGAGACCUUCGAUACAGCAGCAGCAUUUUCCUUGCCAGGCUUCAAUGCUUUGGUGGAUCAGCUUCAUCGCGAGUGUGAUUCACUGAGCAACAGCUGCUUGACAGCUGUGCUCGUGUCACUGAAGAGGCUCUUUGAAGAACCUUCAGUUCCCGUUUAUCAUGCGCUGCUUAGCGAAGCUGCCUCACGAUGCUCGUCCUUUAACCUCCAAGAUCUUUCGCGGUUCAUUGUGAGCCUAAAUCAAUCCAGGAAUGUCAGUCUUGCAUAUCAGUGUCUUGCCGUCUCGCGGCUACAGGAGUUGCUUCCGUCUUGCAGCACAGAACAGGAGCUCAAGUGUGCUGCAAUUUCACUGAGGCGCCUACGUCGUAUAUCAUCACCAUCUCUCAUUGCUGCCUUCUGCAGUAAGGCCUCCGAGAUCCUAACCCCUGCAUCACAUGUUCACACACUUCUCCGUAGCUUACCGGUUAUCUGUCAUGAGCCUCAAUGUAGUUUCUGUGACAGUUGUAUGUCCAAAGUCCUCACCUAUGUUGACCCACUCAUAGCCUCAUUGGACACAAAGGACCUCGCAUCUCUUGCCCACGUCGUAGGUGAAGCUCAAUGCAACGCUAGUAACACAUUAAAGUUGAUCAGAGAACGAGCACGCCAGCUCUACGAGCAAGCACCGUCUGUGUCGGCUGCGCAUUCUCUCGUCAUGGGUCCUCGGCUGCAGCAGCCAGAACGCCAGCAGCUUGAAAGUUCGCUUUGCAAGCUUUUGGAAAUGGAACUUUCACACCGCAGUGUCGUGGACUUUGCAGACAUCGUCACGUGGCUUCCCAUCACCAGUUUUGAUUUGUUGACCACUUUCUGGAACUUAGCGGCAGACCUGUCCAACCCAUCGCUGGUGUUGCUCAUAAGACGUUACAUUUCUUGCUAUCAGCAGACGCGCUUUCGAAGCGAGCCUUUUGAGUCUGUCGUGCUGGAGUGGAGCAAAGAAGAAUUGGAGAACUCGUGGAAGCUUGGAACGGUAGCUCUGGCAGCACAGUUCGUGCUCACAUUCAGACCGUCAGAGCUGAGCCCUGAAAACGUGAGCCGCCUCGCUUCACUGCCAGGUCGGUUUCAAAGCUGGUCUCUGUUAGAACUCUCCCUCGGCCUGAAGGCAGCGAACCGGCCAUCAGUUACAUUGCUAAAGAGGACUGCUCUUUCCCCCGUGCUCAUGGACCUGAAGACUGAAAUUCACGGGGAAAUCCGCAGCAGAGUGGAAACGGCGCAAAAUCUAGCUGAGCUCACCGUGCUGGCCGUCUGCAAUAAAGUGUUGUGGUCAUCGAGGGGUCAUCACACCCAACUGAAGGAGUCUAUCGCUGCAAGGUGGGCCACUUUAAAUGCCAUUUGCUUUUUGUAUGAGCACUACGUGUUCGAGGCACUCAUCCUGUUGAGCUUCCUACAAUUACCACUAGGGAAAAGUGGCGCUACUGUGCCAUUGCAUUCAAGGGAAUGCUGGCAAAUGGAGGCUUUAGACUGA